AUGCUCACACCGCUCGCCCCCGAAGGGGGGGACGGCGACGUCGGGGAUCAGGGCAGAGGGUCAGAGGGAACGAUCGAAGUGGUGGCGCGCCUUGGUGAAAAUCUGGCCCAAGGAGAAAUAAUGCAAGAGGAGUAUCAGAUGCUGGCAUCAGUUGACGUUGCUCACCGCAAGUAUCUUCUGCGGCCCGUGGAGAUGCAGCGCUUACCUAACCUCGAUGCCGACCGCACACCACCGCUCCUGGUCUGCAUCUACGAAAGUCCCGGUCCCAAUGAUCUUCUGCGCUACGUCGAUUGCGGCGCGACCUGGUAUCACAUCCGCCCUGAGGAAGAUGUGAGUUACGAGACCAGUGAUGUUGGCUCGCGUCGAUCCGAUCAGGACGAGCUCAUGCCCUUGCCAACGUUUAUGGAUUUUGCCAUAGGCGCGGCGGAGUGCAUCCAAAUGCUGCAUGACCAGCAGAUUGUACAUGCGCAGAUCCGGGGGAGGCAUUCCACUUCGACCAAGAGACCGGCCGCCGCUGGCUGGUCAGCCCUUGAGAAACAGAAUGAUGCCACGGCCCGUAUCUCCUAUUUGAGCCCCGAGAAAUCUUGGCGAACACCGAUCCAAGCUGACAAUCGCGCCGAUAUAUACUCCCUUGGUAUUAUGCUUUGGAACGCUCUCGUCCGUGAGACCCCGUUCGGGGGCAAGUCUCCCGAGGAAGCGGUUAGUCAGGAGCUGCCGUCUGUAUCGACCUUGCGACCCGACGUGCCGGAGGUCUUUGCACGAAUUAUCGCCAAGGCGACUGCAAGGAAUGUCUCGGAGCGGUACAACUCUGCCCGCGGUCUGCGACAUGACCUCGCGGAGGUACGGAAAUUACUGGCAGCGGGAGAUGCGGCUGUCCUGGAAAGCUGGGAAGUCGCCGGCAAAGAUGUUUCUCCGUUCUUCACACUCCCGCGCACGAUGGUGGGCCGGACGGCCGAGCAGGGUGCCAUCGUGGAGGUCCUAGAUCGUACUCAAAGACUGUACCAGGGAGGCAGAGGGCUUCAUUUGUCGUCGCUGCCGGAGGACCAGUUUGCAACCUUUACUGUCCUUUCCUCAGCAGGCAAUACCCCCGCGGAAGAGGUAGGCCUUAAUUUGGGCGAUGGAUCUCCCAGUUUGAACGGUUCCAUGAGCGGGACAUCUCCUGGCGUUACACCAUCGUAUCUAGCCAAUACGAGCCGCAUGCGUUCCUCCAGAGAUUCACUUUCCGCCUCGAGCGAGAGCAGCGAGUCCGACCCUGUUAUUCUAGAGAGAAGAGGAGUAGAGAAACUAGAGAAUCGAUUGUCUACCUCCUCAUUUGACAGCACGAGUGGCGAGGGAAGCUCACGGUCUAGUGACAACGCGGGAAGGGUAGCUGCACAUGGCAUCGCGGCGCCGAAAGGCCUGUGUGAGAUUAUCAGCAUUGAGGGAGGGCCUGGUUUGGGCAAAUCUCGGCUGAUCACAUCAGUUCAGAUUGAAGCCCGACAAAGGGGCUUCUUUGCCAGCUCGCGCUUCGAUGUCGCAGACAAAGAGCGUAUGCGUCCGGUCUUACACUUGUUUUCGAGUCUGUUCCAACAGGCAUUCUCGGAAAAUAUGAAUGAGCCCAGUUUCCUGCCAAUGUUGCGAAAUCACAUUGGAGGUACAUGGAACACUCUGCACAAGAUUUUAGGCCUGCCCAAAUUUCUUCUCGGUUACAGCCCUAACUUGUUGGGUCAUGUGCCGAACAAGUAUGCUCCUACGACUCUCGUAUUACCACAUCGGCAUCCCCCUCCAGAGAAUACUGGAACGGAGAGUUCUCAAGAAUUUCUUCGGGCCGGAUCCUCUACCAAGACUUUGCCUCUUGUACGGACUUUAGUGGGUAUCCUGCGGGUCUUCGCGCGAUACAAGCUGGUAUGUCUUUGCCUGGACGAUGUCCACCUGGCAGAUGAAGAAUCGUUGGAAUUUAUUGCCCGGAUUGUGUCGGCUCGAAUCAGAAUAGUGGUGAUAAUGGCAUACCGACCAGAAAAUGCUUGCUCGGACCUUAUGAAGCGGAUCCUUCCAUUUAACAAUGAAGGAAUUUUGGCAGGAAGAGAUGUAGAUCUUACCACCAUCUCACUCACACCGCUCAGUGAAGACUACGUGAUGCAAUAUGUAGCGAAAACCUUGUCUUUGUCUGUCCCCGUCAUCUGGCCUCUGGGGGCAUUCAUUCAAUCAAGGACUGGUGGAAAUCCCUUCUACGUCCGUGAAAUAUUGAAUGAUUGUCACGAACACGGAUUCAUCUGCUAUGAUUUCCAGGAGGGGCUCUGGUCGUUUGAUCUUAGCCGCAUCUCGGAGCAUUUCGAGGUGGACAACUACAGCGCCGCCGCAUUCGAUGAUUUCUUAGCCAGGCGCCUGAGCAGCCUUUCGCCUGUCUGCAAGUCUAUCCUGGCCUGGGCAUCCGUUUUAGGCAUGACCUUCUCAUUUAAGUUGGUCCAAAGGCUUCUCAACAACGAUCAGAUGGCUUCCGAACCUGGCUUGCCUGAGCGAGAAGUGAUUCAAGGUCUGCAGGCGAUCAUCCAAGCCUACGUUAUUGUGCCCACAGAGGAUCAUGACGUCUUUUGCUUUUCAUAUAGUCAUUACAUGCAUAUCGCAGCGUCAUUCCACACGAGAGACAAGGAUCGUGUGAACCUGAUAAAAGCACAAGUGCUGUUUCAGUAUCAUUCACAGGACGACAAAUAUCGCAGCAUGUUGGCAUCGGCUAUCAUCGAAUCCGCACCGAUCAUCAAUAGCUAUGUGCAAAUAAGAAAGCCUUUCAGACACUUCAUGUUCGAGUAUGCGAACGCUGCAAGUGAGACUGGAUUACGAUCGACCGCUAUCAAUUCGUACGCAAGCUGCAUCAUACUGCUCCAAGAGGACAUGUGGAACGACGAGAAUGUGGAUGUGAGCUACGGCGAGACGCUACAAAUAUUUACAUCCGCUGCCGAAUGCUACCUUUACCAAGGACGUCAUGAAGAAGCUAGUCAGCUGCUGCAUGCUAUCCUUUCUAAUGCCCGUAAUCCAGUGGACAAGGCUCCUGCCUGGAUCUUGCAAUCGCGUAUGCUUGCACAAUUGGGCAAUUCGACUGCUGCUUUUCAUGCCAUAACAGAAUGCCUCAUGGCUCUAGACAUCACGAUUGAUGAAAAUCCAAGCUUUUUUAAAUGUGACAAAGAGCUUAGACGGCUAUGCGAGGCCGUUUCUGCUGUUCAGACUGAAACCAUUGCUGAGACGGCCCCUCUUGAGCAUCCCACCUUGGCUGCUGCAGGAGCGGUUCUUCUGGAGGCCACUAGCGCGGCUUUCUGGUCAGACACGCUAACCUUCUACCACAUGACGCUUGUCAUGGUUGAUGCCUAUCUUUCGCGUGGUCCUUUUCCGCAGGCGGGCAUGGGGCUCAUGCAGUUGGCUGUGGUAGCAAUUACUCGAGACAACGCGCCAACCUUCGCAAGGCAUUGUGGGGAACUUGCCCUGGCACUGAUUGAACAGUCAAAAGAUCCACAUACUAUAGGUCGUGGCAUCGCUCUAUACUCCUCCUUUGUCGGUCAUAUUCAACAUCCUGUCCAGUCUUCAAUCUCGCAAUUGGAAAGAGCUGUGGAUUCUUCUAUUCGCGCCGGUGACCGAAUUGCCACCAUUCUGAACUUCGGGUUCUUGGCUACCAUGAAGUUUUUUGCUUCUGAAGACUUGGCCGAGCUGGAGGCCUUUUGCAUCUACAGCUGUCAAGACAUUCCCAACUGGCAGACGGAUACGGCCGGCGGUACGAUCCUCAUCACAAUUCGCCAGCUCAGUCGUGCUUUGCAAGGCAAAACAUAUACGCAUGACUCGUUCAGGGUAAUGAGUGACAAAGAACACAGUUCGGUCGAAUAUAAGUCUUGGCUAGUAAGAACAAUCAAAAAUAGCGACCGGCCGCUGAUGCUCUAUGAGAGCAUGGAAAUCGCUCCGUUAUUUCUGUACGGCCACUUCCAGCGAGCGGUAGCACUGGGGAACUCUUGUCUCAAGAAAAUCAACGCCAUAUGGUCCGCACGAAAAACGCGGUUUCUCAUGUUCUUUCAUUGCCUUUCUCUGGCUGGAUGCGUGUGGAUCCGAAAGCAGCAACAACUCGAUGUCGCAUACCGUGCAUGCUCCCCCCAGCUGGCGUCCGAUUUAAAUGGGCGAUCUUUCGAGGCGGGUUUCGAGGAAGAAAUGACAGGCAUGGCAAGGAUGUUACGAUAUUUUAAACGCAAGAUUGAACAGUGGCAGGUUAUCGCAGACGUGAAUUAUCUGGCAUGGACUAAACUUCUGGGCGCUCAGAUCGCCGAGAUGGAGCAUGAUCAAAACGCUGCUCUUUGUUUCUAUCAAGAGGCAAUAGACCACGCUUCGAUGCAUGACUUUGGGUUCGAAGAAGCCCUUGGCCACCAUCUACUAGCCGGGCAUCUGAUGCGUGAAGGCUCUUCCCGACUAGGCACACUGGCUCUGAAGGAAGCAGUUGGUCUCUACCGACAGAUCGGGGCUACGGGGGUGGCUGAUCACGUCCUUCAUUCCCAUGAUCUAGAACAGCCGACAUGGAAAAUCGCACGAGACGCCGCUACUCAAACUGAACCAGACGACAAUAUUACACGGAUUCAUCCUCAACCAUCCGAACUUGGAAACGACGAGACACGGAGCACAGGAGGGUCCGUGGCAGAGCGUGUCCUUCAUAUUUUAGAUCUCACCUCCAUCCUUGAAGGAUCACAAGUGAUAUCAAGCGUUCUCAGGGUUGAUGAGUUGCUUCGGACGAUGUGCAAAAUCGUCAUGCAGAGCUGCCAUGGCGUUGCUACAAUGGCAGCCAUCAUUACCAAGGAGGACUUGACAAUUGGGUGGGCCGUGGCAGCCAGUGGCGACGCAGCUGGUAUCAUAAAGUUACAUGAUCCUCCGACAUCGGUUGAAAACUCCCGCCUUGUCGCGGAAAGCAUCGUGAAUUAUUGCAUUCGCUUUCGCGAGGCAGUGUACAUACCGGACGUCUUGGAGGAUCCGCGAUUCAGCUACGUUAGCGAACCGUGGGCGAUUCAGAAUACCGUUAAUAAAUCGGUCAUGGCAUUGCCCAUUCAUCAUGGGGGCGAGGAGAACGAGCCCAUUGCGCUUCUUUAUCUGGAGGGUCCGCCCAACGCCUUCUCAUAUCGCAACCGCGUUGUUCUGCAGUUGCUCGUCGUCCAACUCGGAAUAAGCUAUUCCAAUGCACUGACCGUCAGGGAAGUGGAACGAGUUUCCGUAAUCAACCAAUCCAUGGUAGACGCUCAGAAGAAGGCAUUAGCGGAAGCGAUGGAGGCCGAGCAAAAAGCGAAGACUGCUACGGCGGAGGCUCUGCGUCAUGCCCAGCUAGCCGAAGAGGCCACCAAGGCUAAAGGCAUAUUUCUCGCCAAUAUGUCCCAUGAGUUACGAACGCCACUCAACGGGGUUAUUGGGAAUUCAGAGCUUUUGCUCAGCUGUCCACUAUCGGGAGAGCAAUAUGAAAUGGCAGAUUCGAUUCGCAUAUCAGCGAACCUCCUACUCACCGUGAUCAAUGACAUCCUCGACUUCUCCAAGAUUGGAGAAAAUAAGGUGCAGCUGCAUAUUCUCCCAUUUUAUGUCGACAAACUCGUCAAGGAAGUCGUUAGCUCAAUGCCGGUCGGCUUUGGAAACAGGCGACGACUCAACAAUGUCCGCAUUAUACAGGAUGUCAACCCACCCCAAACCCACGUAUAUGGCGAUCCCGCUCGGUUACAGCAGAUUUUGGGCAACUUACUCAGUAACAGCCUGAAGUUUACCGAGACAGGGACCAUCACAAUAGGAUCCAGGGCAGACGAUGAAACUGAGGACUCUGUUCGUCUUUCUUUCUGGGUGACGGAUACGGGUAUUGGCAUCCCAGCGCAUAUCAUACAACACCUGUUUAAGCCGUUUACUCAAGCUGAUGCUAGCACCGCGCGCCGUUUCGGAGGCAGUGGUUUAGGCCUUAGUAUUUGUAAAUCUCUUGUGGAUCUGAUGGGAGGCACCAUCGAGCUUAAGAGCGUCGAUAAAGUUGGUACGAGUGUCUCUUUCUCAAUCAUAGUGCCGAAGGUCAAUUCCGGCGGCUCAGGGCCUCUUACUCCAUCAACGCCCCCUGGCAAGUCAAUGGGCUUGCUCGACAAAGCAGCCCCGACUCACAUUGAUCUGUCCCAGAUCCCCCUCUCCGACCUCCGCGUCUGCAUCGCGGAGGACAAUCUUAUCAAUCAGAAAAUCACGAUCCAGUUUCUCAAGAAACUAGGUUUUACCCGAGUGGAUGCCUACGACAACGGCCUUGAAGCCGUGGAGGGCAUCCAGAAGAAAGCUAGUGCAGACCAACCAUAUCACAUGAUCCUGAUGGAUGUUCAGAUGCCUGUCAUGGACGGGUAUGUUGCCACUCGUCGUCUGCGCAGUGAUUCGAUGGAUGCUGUGCGGCGUAUCCUGGUUAUUGCUCUCACAGCCUCGGCAAUUCAGGGCGACCGAGAGAAGUGUCUUGAUUCAGGAAUGAAUGAUUACCUGGCGAAACCGGUCAUGUUAGCGGCUUUGAAAGAAAAGGUUGAUCAAUACCUACAGAUCAAAUAA